AUCCCUACGUGAAGAUUUCAGUGGGAAAGAAAUCCAUCAACGACCAGGAAAAUUACCUGCCCUGUACCCUGGAGCCUGUCUUUGGGAAGAUGUUCGAGCUGAGCUGCACACUGCCCCUGGAGAAGGACCUGCGGGUGGCCCUGUACGACUAUGACCUGCUGUCCAAGGACGAGAAGAUCGGGGAGACCGUCAUCGACCUGGAGAACCGCUUCCUGUCGCGCUACGGGGCGCGCUGCGGGCUGCCCCUCACCUACUGCGUCUCCGGGCCCAACCAGUGGCGGGACCAGCUCCGUCCCUCCCAGCUGCUCCAGCUCUUCUCCCUGCAGCACAACUACAAGGCCCCCACCUACAAAUCCGACCGGAUCAUCUUCAGGGAUCAGGAAUACGUCCUGUCUGAGCUGGAGGACGGGAAGCCCCCGAAUCCCCACCUGGGGCCGGUGGAGGAGCGGCUGGCGCUGCUGGCCCUGAGGAAGCAGGGGCUGGUGCCCGAGCACGUGGAGACACGGCGGCUCUUCAGCCCCCUGCAGCCUGGCAUCCCGCAGGGAAAGCUGCAGAUGUGGGUGGAUCUGUUCCCAAAAUCCCUGGGACAUCCCGGGCCCCCUUUCAACAUCAGCCCCCGCAAAGCCAAGAGGUUCUACCUGCGCUGCAUCAUCUGGAACACCAGGGACGUGAUCCUGGACGACCUGAGCAUCACCGGGGAGAAGAUGAGCGACAUCUACGUCAAAGGGUGGCUGGUGGGGCACGAGGAGAACAAGCAGAAGACGGAUGUGCACUACAGGUCCAUGGGGGGAGAGGGCAACUUCAACUGGAGGUUCGUCUUCCCCUUCGAUUACCUCCCGGCUGAGCAGAUGUGCCACGUGGCGAAGAAG